CAUGUAUCUCACAGUUUGUCGUUCAGUCAGUGCCACUGCCAGGCUGCACGCACACAUCAAACACAGCAUGGCAUACAGUGCGAAGAUAGGUCCUUCCAUCCUGAGUAGCGACCUGUCUUGCUUGGGCAGCGAGUGCGUGCGGAUGAUGGAGUGCGGGGCGGACUAUCUGCACCUGGACGUCAUGGACGGGCAUUUUGUCCCCAACAUCACAUUUGGUCACCCCAUGGUGGAGUGCCUUAGGAAAUCCGUGGGCCAAGACCCUUUUUUCGACAUGCACAUGAUGGUGUCCCGGCCGGAGCAGUGGGUGAAGCCCAUGGCUGCAGCAGGAGCCAGCCAGUACACCUUCCACCUGGAGUCCACAACCAACCCAGGAAACCUCAUCAAGGAGAUCAGAGAAAGCAGAAUGAAGGUGGGGUUGGCCAUAAAACCCGGCACUACAGUUGAAGAAUUGGCGCCCUGGGCCAACCAGAUCGACAUGGCGCUGGUCAUGACUGUAGAGCCCGGUUUUGGAGGACAGAAGUUCAUGGAUGACAUGAUGUCGAAGGUCAGCUGGCUGCGCAGUCAGUUCCCGUCAUUAGACAUCGAGGUGGACGGGGGGGUCGGUCCAGACACCAUUCACAAGUGCGCUGAGGCGGGGGCGAACAUGAUCGUGUCGGGCAGCGCCGUGAUCGGCAGCGACGACCCGCGCUCCGUCAUCGCGCUCCUGCGCACUGCGGUGGCCGAGGCGAUCCAGAAGCGCUCGCUGGACCGCUGACACGUCCAGACCGGAAAGGCCGUGGCGUGGACUCGUCGGGGGCGGUAGAAGCCGAGCAUUCGGCUGGAGGAGCAGAAUUGUGCCUGUUUGGACUCGAUUGGAUAAAAGAUGAAGCUCAAACCUCUGAGUCUCAUCUCGGCGCCGGAUCGCGGAUCAUGAAAUUCAAGAUCGGAGCAAAGUUUAUGCUGGAAAAAAAACUGCAGCAACAUUCCAGAAAAACAAUCCUGUGAUGUUUCAAUCAUUCAUGGAAACUUACCCAGUUUACUGUAAAAGUUUUACAGUUUUUCUUCCAUUAAAAUCUUGUUUAAAAGAUAAAUGGUUUUGGUAAAA